AUGUCCCAAAGAGAGAACAUCAACUUGGUCGAAGCAGAGGCGCGGAAGCAGCUCACGGACCUCUCGACGGGUGUCUUUGAGAGCUUGUGCCAGAGACUUGAAACAUGUGCUGAACAAUCCGAUGGACAUAAAGCUUCGGCUCAAAAUCUCUGCGACAGCUUCAAGGCAUGGAUGACUUACCCAGCCGCAAGGGCAGUGACAUUCUACUAUGAUCAAUACACCGGACCUCUUGAUGACAGCUGCGAUUUUCAAAUCCGUGUCACGCCUAGCGAGGAUUUUCAUGGAUCCGAGUCUCGACUGGUGUCACUGGAAGUCUGGAAGAACACCGACGAUGCUGACAAUACUGAAGGUCGGACGCUCUUCAACAUGCCAAUCUUAGCCACGAAUGACUGGCAAGGAGGAUGGCAAUUCAAGGUCGACGGUAGGAAAGUGGGAUGGAUCACUAGCAAAGUUAGUAGCUCUGCCGGAGCGUGA